AUGUCGACCGGAUCUCUCCCCCAAUCCCUCGCCGACGAUGGCCACGACCACGACCAUGGGCAACCACAUUCGACCUCGAGACAGCCCUCACAUGCUCGCCAAGCACUCCGCUCUUCCAAUACCAGCGCAGCAUUACAUCGAGAGAAGCCACCACCGGCUUCGUUAAAUUCCCUAGACGGCUGGACGAAAGAGACGACAGCUGGUGGCAAGAGUAUUCUGACGCCUGGGCCCGACGCCGCCACAACACCAUACUCGCCUCCAAUCCAACACGGCCACAGUCAUAGCCAUCACUCGCACCACCACGGUCAUAGCCUCGAUCACUGCCACAGUCAUGAGGUCGGACACAAACAUGACCGUGCCCACAUCGACGAGCAUCGAUCCGACCCUGGCAAAGCGCCAAGAUCCCUGUUUACAAGGACAUUGUUAAAAUAUACAGCUCGGUUUCCCAUUUUGCAUGCCAUUCUUGUUGAGAAGGACUCGCGGAGAAUAUUUUACUUCAUGGUAUUGAACUUUGGGUUUAUGACUGUCCAAGCAUUUUACGGCUACGUCACCGAUUCGCUGGGGCUUCUCAGCGACAGUAUACACAUGUUCUUUGACUGCGUGGCACUCAUGGUAGGCUUGCUGGCGGCUGUCAUGAGCAAAUGGCCUCCGAGCCAAAAAUUUCCAUAUGGGUUUGGCAAGAUCGAGACUCUAUCAGGCUUUGCCAACGGUAUUCUUUUGAUGCUAUUGAGCGUUGAGAUUGCUUUUGAAGCGUUUGAACGAUUAUGGGAAGGCACGAAGACGAAGCGACUUGGUGAAUUAUUUGUUGUGAGCAGCUUAGGUCUUGCUGUCAAUUUGGUUGGCAUGAUGGCAUUCGGCCACCACCAUCAUCACGGCCACAGUCAUGGCCACAGUCACGGUCACGAACACGACCAUUUCCAUAAUGACGACAAUCACAAACACCAUCAUCCACAUGGCUGCGGCAGCGAUCAUGGUCAUGACCAUUCGCAUGACAACGAAAACAUGCACGGCAUCUACCUGCACGUUCUGGCCGACACAUUAGGCAGCGUCUCGGUUAUUGUCUCGACAGCACUGACCAGCUUUUGGGGAUGGGCGGGCUGGGACCCCUUGGCGUCAUGUUUCAUCGCUGUUCUCAUCUUCUUGUCCUCCAAGCCGCUUGUUAUCUCCUCAGCUAAGCGCCUACUUCUCAGUGUCCCCGAGGCUACUGAGUAUAACCUGCGCAAUACUCUUGGCGGAAUCCUGGAGCAGCGCGGAGUGGUAAACUACUGGGCUCCCAGAUUCUGGUUGGAUGACCGAACUGGAAGCGAGGACGGCGAGAAGCUUGUCGGCGUUGUGCAUGUUAUUGUGGCACGCGGGUACGGGAUGGACGAGGCGCGGGACAGAGUGCGUGACUUCCUAAAGAGCCAGGGGGUCGAGGCAAUGGUACAAGUGGAACGGGAAGGUGACAAUGCCUGCUGGUGCACAAGAGGACGUGGCUCCGUCGCACCGCCGUCUGCUCCGAAGAUGCUUUAG